AUGAGUCGCUAUAAUCUUUAUUACAUGGAGACUGAUGACUACCUACUGGGAGCAUUUGUAGGGAUGACCUUUCUCACUGUUGUGGACAAUAUAUCGGCACUCAACAACCAGCCUGCUCUCGCAAAUGGGCUGCAAUUAAUUGUAUCGGUUCUCAAUCUCAUUCUCAACUUGAAUUACAUUAUACAAGACUCUGCUCCAGAUAUCAACUGUAUGGCCAUGGCAAUAUUGGAUACGAUUAUAUUUGUGAUAUUCGAAACUAUUGCGGUGGGGUUGAUCAUUUCGCGCUGUACUGUAUCUUUGGCCGCCUACACGUAUUAUACGGCUAUUCGUAUUUCGUUCAUGGUUACAGCACUGGCAUUUAUAUUAUUUAGGUUUGGAAGCAUUCUUGCAACAGUUAUCCAGAGUGAUUCCAAUGGAAUAUGUGUGCCAAUUACCCAACUCAGAUGGGAUAUCAUUUCCAAAAUCAGUUUGACUGUUAUCUAUGCGUGCUUGCUUAUAUGCCUACUUGGUUCUCUUUGGCAGACUGCUGUGGGUUCACCGAAAGUAGGUGAAAGCAAUGAGACUUUGGCAAAGGUUGAAUAUUCUACAAAAAUAUGGAUCAUCAAAAUCUCUGUUGCGAUUAUGGGAUUUAUAGUCAUCAACGUGGUAUCGCUGUUUGGUUUGAGUAGAAACUAUAAUUAUGCUCAGUACAUCAUAGGCACGUAUUGCACUAUGAUGGCAUCCAACUGGUGCUGUGCUUUUGCUAAUGCAGAUGAUAUACGAUCUGGAGUCAAUAGCGGACGUAGUUCUAUUCGACAAGCACUACUUCCCAAAACUGUGCCUAAUUCGUCUGCCAUGGCCGAGGUUUGA